CCACGCGGAUUGAUCGAAAAGAUUUUAUGACAGCAACUGACUUUUGUCAAACAUUAACAAAUUAUACAAGCAGAAGAAGCUGUACAUUUUCAUUCGUUCAUUUUCAUGGUAACUAUCAAAUCACUCAGUUAGAUCUCCACUUUAUUAUCUAAGAACUCACAGAGAGAGAGAGAGAGAGAGAGUGUGUGUGGAAGAAGAAGAAGAAUAUGUCAAGGAGAUCAGGGGCGUGUUUGAGAUGUUGUCUGGUGAUAUUUGCAGUGGUUUCAGCUUUAGCAGUGUGUGGGCCUGCCCUUUAUUGGAGAUUCAAGAAGGGUGUUUUGGUAGCUCGUUCUAAAUCCUCUUGCCCUUCUUGUGUCUGUGACUGCCCCCCUCCUCUUUCGCUUCUCACGAUUGCUCCUGGGUUGGCCAAUCUCUCAGUCACUGAUUGUGGAAGCAGUGACCCUGAGGUCAAGAAGGAGAUGGAAAAGCAGUUUGUGGAUCUUCUGACUGAGGAGUUGAAGCUGCAAGAGUCUGUUGCUGAAGAGCACAUGCGGCACAUGAACAUCACCUUUGGUGAAGCUAAAAGGGUGGCUUCUCUGUACCAAAGAGAGGCAGAAAAAUGCAAUGCCGCAACAGAAACCUGUGAGGAAGCUAGGGAGUGGGCUGAAGCUCUGCUGAUACAGGAGAAGAAAGUGACCAAAUUGUGGGAACACCGAGCCCGACAAAUGGGUUGGGAAGCCUUUUCCAUGUGCCAAAUAAUCUUGGGUGCUGAAGUUGAAGCUGUUUAUCUAGCACUCGAUGAGUCUUUUCUCUGUCUCAGUCCAUUGCCUGUGGAUCUUAUAAAAUCCACCUUGCAGUCUGUCCAGCAUGGAAUUUAAAGGCACUGUUGAGAUACAAAGUCUUUCCAUGUAAAUCAUAAAAUGUUGUAACGUUACCAUGUUCUGUAAAUCAUUUAGUGUUGAAAUUAACAAGAGGGUUUUAUAUCCUGUAACA